CGUGCGAUUUGCGAUCGCUAUAAAUCGAAUUAAAGUUUAAACAUCGGUUGAGUGCGAGACGUAACGAUCAACCGUUCUCCUUGUUCACCAAUGUGUUUGUCUCCUGUUGUUUGUAAAUCCGUAUUCCUUUUUAAUUUCUGGCUCGAGUCCGUCCGCGUCAAAACACACCGCGGUUUUUUAGAGUAACGACGCGCAAUGGAGAAACAGGAAAAGCCGCCAGGAAAGGAGCCAGGAAAGUUGCGACAGUUGCUCGUCACCGUGGUCGCAAAUUUGUCAGCGCUGUCUUACGGGACUAUAAUAGGAUGGCAAUCGCCGGCAGCUCCGCUACUGCAAAGCUCAUCGUCGCCCAUAGGAAGCGAGCCCAUGACGGACGAUCAAGUGUCCUGGAUAAACGGCAUCACAUGCCUGUUUGGCAUCUUCGUCGUCGCAUUGUUCGCGGUGAUACCCGAUAAGUUCAGCCGAAAGAGACUCGGUUGCGGAUUAGCUUUACCAUUGAUAAUUUCUUGGGUGCUGAUUAUCGUCGCAACCGAACACGCGUACAUCUACAUAUCGAGAGCUUUGGGCGGUAUCGGUGGCGCCGUUCUUUUCUUCAUUGUACCGACAUACGUGUCGGAAAUUUCGUGUGACAGCAUACGCGGUUUUCUGGCGAGUGUCUUGGCAUUUUUUUUAAAUUUCGGAAUAAUGCUGAUGUUCAUCCUGGGCGGCGUGACGUCCUUGCGUGACUCCGCCAUAAUCUGUCUGACGUUGCCCGUACUCUAUUUCGUCGCUCUCGCUUUCAUGCCGGAGUCACCGGUUUAUCUGGUGCGCCAAAAUCGUAUAGACGAAGCGGCGAGAUCCUUGAGAUGGCUAAGCGCCGGAGAUAAUAUAGUGGCAGAACGAAAACUGUCGCACUUACAGUUACAACUUAAGGAAGCCGCAUCCACGAAACCCGCCAACCUGUCGGAUCUGUUCAGAGACAGAGCAACGAUCAAAGGAUUGAUUAUCGUCUUGGGUUUAUACGUCGGUCAACAAUUAUGCGGUAUCUUUCCAAUGAUCAGCUAUUCGGAGAGUAUUUUUAAGAUAUCCGGCAGUUCGUUAUCGCCAAACACGUCGGCCAUAAUCGUGGCAGCCAUACAGCUCCUCGGUACGGUUGUGUCGUUGUUUUUAGUGGAGCGUGCGGGCAGACGACCUCUGAUUCUCAUAUCCUGCGCGGGAAUGUGUAUGUGCCACUUGACGAUCGGCGCGUUCUGCUACUUCCAGAAUCUCGAAUACGAAGUAUCCGGUUUCAGUUGGAUACCAGUGGUGGCAUUGUCCGUUUAUAUGUUGUUAUAUUCUUUGGGAAUGGGUGGCGGACCCGUUGUGAUAAUGUCCGAAAUAUUCAGCCGCGAUGUGACCACUCUGGGAAUAUCUGUAGGCCAGACUGUAAGCUGGACCGGCGCUUUCAUCAUGGGAAAAAUUUUCGCUGAUCUCGUUGCUUUGCUGGGCAUGGACGGUUGCUUCUUUCUUCUCGCUACUUUCUGCGCGUGCAUCUUUCUCUUCAUCUUCGUGUUGCUGCCGGAAACCAAAGGCCGGCUGCGCGAGGAUAUCGUGGACGAGCUCAAUGGCGUGCGCACAAAGACGAAGGACAAACAGAACAUCGAACACAUCAUUGGGACAGACGCGGUACACGCGGUACACGUGUAAGACUGUAACUUCUACCUAACACGUGUGUAUAAAAUCUGUAUUUGAAGAAAGUUUGUAGCAUAACAUUUACAAAUUCGAAUCUUUCUUACUCAAUUUAAACACACGUGCACUCUAGAUUCUUAUACACGUGUUGCCUUUUACGUAGUUUUAUAUAAAUUUAUAAUAAUUUAUAAAUUUAUAAAUUUCUACCAUGGAUUUUUCUAUACUGAAAAAAUAUUCUUGCAACAUUCUUUAAUUUAUUCAUUUAACAUUUUACGCAUAGCCCUUACUAUAUUUAUUUAAUAUUUAAAGUCUAAAAACACUUGUUUAAAUAUACUUGUUCACAUAUAUUAUGUACCGUCAGGUCUUCUGAUAUUAUCGCGAAGAUGAAGAGAUUAGUAUGUAAAUGAUCUCAUUUGUAUCUAAGUUGAGACUUAAAAAGAAACUCUGUCUCUUGUGAUGUACAGUCGUGGGCGUGAAUGUGUUUUUUCUACACGAAAUUGUCCUGAAUGUUUUCAUAUCAUGGGUGUGAACUUUGUGAAAAAAAUUUAUGUCUUUUCAAGAUGUGUUAUUGGUAUUCCGAUUAUUACUUCGUAAGAAUUCACUUUGUGAUAAGAAAAUGAGGAUAAGAAUAUUGAAUUAUUAUGUUAUCUUGCAGGUGUGCGUUUUAUAAAAAAAGUGUAAUUAAGACGUAUAUUCAUUAAUAACUUAUGAUACUGUGUUGGCAAUAUAUUAAAACCAUAUGUAGUCUCCAAAAAGCACAGAUAAAAGUUAUAUAUAUAUGAAAAAAGUAUAUAAAAAUUAUGAACAAAACAAUUAUAUAACAUCA